CCCGCCCUCCUGCCCCGUGCCCUGUGCACAGCCACGGGCCUGGGCUCGGGCCCGGCGGAGGCUGCCCCCGCCAUGGUGCGGUGCGGCGCGGCGGUGCUGCGGAAGUACAGCAACUUCAUAGACGAUUUGCGGGUUUAUGUGAGAGGAGGAACCGGUGGAAUGGGUUAUCCUAACCUGGGAGGGGAAGGAGGAAGAGGUGGUGAUGUCUGGUUCGUCGCCCGAGAAAGGACUACCUUAAAGAGCAUUAGGGAGAAAUAUCCCCAGAAGCGAUUUGUAGCUGGAACAGGAGCCAACAGCAGUGUUAAAGCUCUAAAAGGUGAAAAAGGAAAAGAUUGUGAAGUUCAUGUGCCUUUGGGAAUUUCAGUUGUUGACGAUGAUGGCAAGCAGAUUGGAGAGCUUAAUGCAGCAGGAGAGAGAUUCUUAGCAGCUCGUGGAGGUCUUGGAGGCUCUUUGGCUACAAACUUUCUGCCUUGCAAAGGUCAGAGGAGAACUGUUCACCUUGAUUUGAAACUUAUAGCAGAUGUUGGCUUAGUUGGGUUUCCAAAUGCAGGAAAGUCGUCCUUGUUAAGCAAGAUUUCUCAUGCCAAACCUGAGAUUGCAAAUUAUGCAUUCACAACAAUACAGCCUGAACUAGGAAAGAUCAUGUAUGCAGAUUAUAAGCAGAUUUCAGUAGCUGAUCUCCCAGGACUGAUUGAAGGUGCACAUGCAAACAAAGGAAUGGGCCAUAAAUUUCUCAAACAUGUAGAGAGAACCAAACAACUUCUCUUAGUUGUUGAUAUUUCUGGGUUUCAGCUGUCUAUGAAGACUCAGUUCAGAACAGCAUUUGAAACGAUAUUGCUUCUAACAAAGGAACUGGAGCUGUACAAAGAGGAACUUGUAACAAAGCCUGCACUUCUUGCCAUCAAUAAAAUGGAUUUGCCUUGUGCAAAGGAUAACUUGGAUGAACUUAUGACACAACUAGAGAACCCUCAGGACUUCUUUCACUUACUAGAGGAAGAAAUGAUUCCAGAAAAUACUCUUGAAUUCAGAGAGGUGAUUCCUGUAUCUACAUAUACUGGAGAAGGAAUUGAGGAACUCAAAACAUGUCUAAGAAAAUCCAUAGAUGAGCAAGCAGAGCACGUGAAUGAAGAAUAUCGGAAAAAGAAACUCCUGCUUUUACAAGCUUCCAAAGAAGAACAAAUGAAUAGAAGCUGACAUUCCUGAAUGGACCCAGCACAUUUAAUAUUUUAACUAUGCACAUGAAACCUU